AUGGAGUCUCCCAUUAGAAAGGAUUACAAUCCUCUUCUGACACCACCACCUUCUUCGGUGAAAAACCAUGAUGUAAGUACAGAUGUACUAAAAGAACCGUCUGUGAAACCAAAGAGGUUGAUAAAUGAGCUACAGAAGGUGAAAAAGGUGUCAUGUUGUGCCAAAACUAAAACAAGAUGCAGAAGAUCAAAAGUGAAAUAUAGACCUGAAUUAGAUAGUCUAUUCCCUUUAGACGCUUACCUCGAAGGAUCAGCAAAGAACAUGUACAAGGAUGCGGAAUAUCUAAUAUCUGUUCUAACGAACUCCAAGAAGAUUAUCGUGGUACAAGGUGCAGGAGUGUCGGUGGCAGCUGGAAUCCCCGAUUUUAGAUCAUCAGAUGGAUUGUUUACUACUUUGAAAUCUACUUCACCGCAAAUUAAGUCAGGGAAAGAUCUUUUUGAUUUCAAUAAUGUCUAUUCUUCAAACUCAAUGUCAAUAUCGUUUAAUAACUUGAUGAGCCAAUUAUAUCACUUAUCGUCGAACUGUAAACCUACUUCGUACCACAAAUUUAUUAACAAUUUGGUGGAAAAUAAGCAAGUCAAGCGGAUAUAUACUCAGAAUAUUGACGGUCUAGAAACAAAAUUUCCAUCAACUGCUAUGACUUCAAAAAAUGAGAAUGACUCGAUUAUCGUUCAAUUACACGGCUCCAUAAAGCACAUGUCCUGCUUGAAAUGUAAAAAGGUGUAUGAUAUGGAUCCAUCUAUGUUCAAAAUAUCCGAGGAAGCCGAAACUGGAGAAAUUGUGCCACAAUGUCCUGAAUGUAAAGAAUUCGAAUCUGCUAGAUCUAUUUGUGGCAAACGGCUACAGGGGAUCGGAAAACUCAAACCAAAUGUUAUUUUAUAUAACGAAUAUCAUCCAGAAGGUGAUAUAAUCAGUGAUAUUAUGAACAAAGAUUUAAAGAGUAAUCCUGAUACACUAUUGAUUGUGGGAACUUCCCUCCAGAUACCAGGUGUCAGGCAAAUGGUAAAACAAUUUGCUGCAAAAGUCAGAUCAAAAAAAGGUAGUGUAAUAUGGAUCAAUUGUGAAAAGCCUUCGCCAAAUAUCAAAAAAUUAAUAAAGGGUUGCGAUCUAAUAGUAUUGGGUGACUGCCAAAAUAUACCUUUAUUAAUUGAAAAAGGUUUACAUUAA